AUGACCUCAUAUCCGCCAGGAGCCUGUUGUUACCAGGGCGUCAAACACGAGGGGCAGGCCACCGGCAGCAUCUCGAAGCUGAACGACUUUGAAAUCUACACCACCUACCCUGUAGAUAAAUCCACCGAGAAUGCCAUUCUACUCCUGACUGAUGUGAUUGGCCAUCGCUUCAUCAACGCGCAGCUCAUCGCAGACCAGUUUGCUGCCAAUGGAUACUUCGUUUUAAUCCCUGAUCUUUUUCAUGGGGAUUCAGUUCCACUCAAUAAGCCAGAAGGCUUUGACUUUGGCAAGUGGAAGGCUGGCCACGGCCCGGAAAAGGUUGACCCGAUUGUCAAAGCUUCCUUACAGGAGCUGAGAAACAAGUACAACUCCAAGAAAAUCGGAGCUGUUGGGUAUUGCUUCGGAGCCAAAUAUGUCGUUCGUCAUCUUCAUCCUGAAAAAGGUGAAAUUGAUGCCGGCUACCUUGCUCACCCAUCAUUCGUUGAUGCCGAUGAAUUCAAAGCUCUCACAGGCCCUGUCGCGAUUUCCGCAGCCGAAACCGAUUUCAUAUUCCCCACAGAGAAACGUCAUGAAUCCGAGGAUAUUUUGAAAACGUUGGGCACACCCUACCAGAUUAAUCUGUACAGUGGUGUCGAGCAUGGUUUUGCUGUUCGAGGUGACCCGAAAAACCCCGUUACUCGAUACGCAAAGGAAAGCGCAUUCCUACAAGCUGUACAGUGGUUCAAAGAGCACCUGGGUGCGUAG